AUUUUCUCUGUUUAGUUUUUGUAACAGAGCUACGAAUCGUCCCACCCUGGUUCUGCCUUCCCUGUGACGUCACCUCUCUUCCUUCCCAUCGCACCUUGCGUUGCUAGCUCCGUUAGCCUCCACAGCUGUCGGUGGCAGUCAGUAAGUCGUCCAGCCAGUCCGAGCGCUGCUGCGUUUGUAAUCCCCCUCCUCCCUCCGGAACGCCCGUGGACGGCUUAGUUGCUUGUCCGGAAGCCAGUAGCUUCACCUCUCCUUCUACCUGCAGUAAACCACUGUUGUCCUCGCCAUCGAGACAGGAAGAAGCUGUGGGACAUGGCCAGACCAGAACAAGUCCUGGUGCUGGAGCCACAACACGAACUGAAAUUCAGAGGUCCGUUCACAGAUGUUGUUACUGCAAUUCUGAAGCUCACCAACCCCACAGAUAGAAAUGUGUGUUUCAAAGUCAAGACAACCGCACCUCGCAGAUACUGUGUGCGCCCAAACAGUGGCAUCAUUGACGCUGGAAGCUCAGUCAAUGUAUCUGUUAUGCUGCAGCCAUUCGACUACGAUCCCAAUGAAAAGAGUAAACACAAAUUCAUGGUGCAGUCCAUUCUGGCUCCAUACAUGACUGACACGACUGACAUGGAGGGAGUUUGGAAGGAGGCGAAGCCCGAGGAUCUGAUGGAUUCAAAAUUGAGAUGUGCUUUCGAGAUGCCUGUAGAAAAUGACAAAACUCAUGAGAUUGAAAGCGUCAAACCUUUGUCUUCCUCUACCUCCUCUGUUAAGACUGAACACUCUGUGCUCCCCAAGUCGGCCAGUGCCUCGCUGGAUGACGGAGAGGUGAAGAAGAUCAUGGAAGAGUGCAAGCGGCUGCAGAUGGAAGUGCAGAGGCUACGAGAAGAAAAUAAACAGAUCAGGGAGGACGAUGGUCUGCGAAAGAGAAAGGUGACAUCGAUGACCGCUCCUCACUCCUCUGCCAUGGUGUCCUCAAUGGUGAGGGACGAAGGCCUUAACACCCGCGUCCUGGCUCUCUGCGUGCUCUUCUUUGUCAUUGGAGUCAUCAUUGGCAAGCUGGCCCUGUAGAGACACAGAUGGACAGAAGCAGAGCAAUGGAUGGACGGCGUGCUCGUGACGUGUCAGCUACAGCAACAGGGAUUUCUUCUGGGUUUAUGUUGAUUCUCUUUCUUUUCUUUUUUUUAACCUUUAAGGUAAUAUGGUAAGAUAUUGUCUUGAUGGGAAAUAAUAUAAUGUAUAAAAAAAGCAAACAAAGGAAGGCGGGCAGAAACCAUGAUUGCAAGCAUUUUUGCGGCAGCUCUUGCCUUUUUCCUCUCCGAGUCAAUCACCGCCUCUGAUCUGUUCUUUCCGUCUACUCUUUCUUCCUAAAUGAUCUGUCAAACAUGCACAGGUCACAGUUAGUGUUGUGCAGAAGUAGCUUCGCGCUGGCUGAAUAUCUGACGUUGUCGUCUUUGAUUCUUGAGUCUCUGAGUUCAUUUCCUCUGCUGAUAAUCUCUCUUCCACAUAUAACUGAUGAUCUGUAAGAGGUGAACAGUGAAAGACUUCCUUAAACUCACAGACUCCGUGUGUUGUCUUAUAAACAGUAGGUGGUAAAACUGUAAGCCAGUACAAGCCGUGUGUGUGCGUGCGUGUGCGUGUUCAUAAAGAGAGGGCGAAUGGUCAGGAUAAAGGAAGAAUUUACCAAAAUAAAUUUCAUAUAAAAAACAACAUACUUCACUAAUAACUUAUUUUAAUGUCAUUUCCUGACCAGACCUUUUGGUCAGUUGAUAUUCCACAAAUUCAGGUUUUUCCACAUUAUAGUAACAUACUGGAGGGAAACAACAAUUAAUACAAAAAACAUUGUCUGCAGCUUUUGCCCAUUCAACACUUCAGUUGUUUUUGUAUAUCAUCCGUUUGCUUUUUUCCCUUUAUCAUUUAGCCACAACACCUUUCUGAAUAUUAAAUUAUAUACUAUAUUGAGUUUAUCCACUUGUCCCUGCAUUUAUUCUCUUUUUUUUUUCAAUCACAUCAAAAAUCUAGGGGCUUCUAAAGGAACCAUGCUGAGUUUGUCAAACAUCUGUCAGUGGGUCUGUGUGUGUUUGAUUUCUUGUGUUUCCUGUUGGACUUGUAGGUUGUGAGUUUAACUGAGGAGACAGUUUGGUCAGCACGUCACUUUCCCUCUGUGAAAUUUGUUGUUCGAAAUAAAAAUAUUAAUGAUUCAGAUACUAUUGUGUUGCUCGAAGGAGCAGAGAUGAUGUCAGCUGGGAGGAGGACUGACCUGUGAAUACACACUACGUCAUAGAAUUAAAAAAAAUGAAUAAAUGCAUCGUCAUCAUCUGAGAACACAAGCAGAGAUACAAACCGUAAUGUAAUCACACAGUAAUUGGAUACUCUUUUAUAUGUACAUACAAUGAAGGCUAAUAAAGACAAAUUGCAAAGUUAUUAACAUGCUGUAGUGACAAAACAUAAACAACCACCAUGAAUCAUGUAGCACCAUAAUCAAUUAAAAUACAUAAACCCCA